AUGGACUUUCUGUUCUCUCUACCUCCCCAGGAUGGGACUCCGCUGGUGCCUCCGCAGCUGAGUUACCUUACCGAGUAUGUUCUUGCUCCAUUUUAUGAUUUUGUUACGUGUUAUUACCCCACAUGGUGGGCGCCGAAUAAGGUGACUCUGUUUGGUAUACUUAUGACUCUUCUCUCAUCGUUCCUGCUACUCACCGGGAUGCCACAAACGACGUUGUUUGAGCCACCGUACGCCACCCUGCGUCCCGCAAGCCUUUUGCUUGGAGCGGACUCAAAGUGGCGAAACGAGCCUGGCCCCACGCCGUUGCAUCCGGCAGCGCUGCGUCCACUUUGGAGUUCGGUUUUUUCUUCUAGCAAUUGGAUGCUGUUUCUGUGUGGCAUCCUGAACGGUAUCUACUGCGUUGCUGAUAACACCGACGGACGUCUUGCCCGUCGACUGAAGAAAACAAGCAAUAUUGGGGAAUAUCUUGACCAUGGACUGGAUUGUGUGACCUCGCUGCUUUCAACGUGUGUCUGUAUGUCUGUGCUUGGGAUAUCAUUCUCGAACAUCGCUCUCACAGUUGUGACUAUAGCCCUUGCCACGGUUUUCUCGCACACAUUACGCUACGAGAAACACAUUUUUAUUUGGGGCAAUCGUUUUAUUUCCGUAGAUGAGGCGAUGGUUUUUUUUUGUGUCGCGAAUUGGGUCCCAAUUGCCUUUCCAGGUCUUUCCGUUGUAACUGUGUCGCCGUCUCUCUUGCACGCCGUGUUGCCAGAGGCAUGGGCACAGGCAUUGCUGUCUCUCCGCUACAUUGAGGCUGUAAUGAUUAUUUAUUGGGCUUCCCAGGCGUACGUCAUUGUGGGCAUUGCUAGCAACAACUGGAAAAUGCUCUUUCGGAUCACCACACUGGCCGUGGUUUUUAACGCUGCUCUGCUUAUCGGUGUUAUACCCUACCACAUGGAACACCUAAUGACAGUGGGCUCCGCAGGAUAUGUGUGGGGUCCAUUCUCAUAUGUGGCUCUUUGGAUCAUCACUGUCGCAUUCACCUCUAGUACGAUUGUUCACACUCUCAUUUACUCCCAUUGCCUUCGGUUGCCUCACGUCGAUGUAACCGCGCUUGCGGGUCUUUUUUUCGCUUGGUUUGUCUUUUUAAGCUGGCCUGUGGCUGGGACACUGAUCUCUGUGGUCUGGCAUGUUGCGCAAAUUCUCUUCUAUGUGAGAGGCCUUCAAAACGGCGAUGCUGCAAAACCUCAGAAGUUAAAAGCAGCAUAA